UUCACGUACAGUGGCUAGCUUUUGUUCGUAUUAUGAGCUCUACACAGAGCUGAUGACAGUAAGUAGUAAACAUAUUAUAAGUGAAGCUUCAUUCAUUCUGCGUUAUUUCGUGUGUGCUGGUUGCAUUGAACAGAUGUUGUCAACAGACGAUUUAUGGUUGUUUUGGUCAAAAUUUGAUUGCUUACUCAUCAUUGUGAAAUUGUGACGUCAAGCAAAAGAUGAUCCAGCCAAAAGCGAAACGAUUGAAACUUGGACCAACACAAGACCAGGAGGUUCAAAAUAAUGCAAUUGAUGAGAACAACGAUGAAUUGAAGGGCAAAUCGCCAAAAUCCUCGCCGUCAUUGGAUAAGCCGUCUUUACUGUCACUAUACACUGAGUGCUGUCUGCACAUUUUCGAAAUGUUGCCGCUGAAUGAUCUCUGCUCGGUUAGCAAAACGUGCAAGCGAUUUCAAGCAUUGGGCAAAGACGUUUAUCGACGCCGAUACAAGUCAAAGGUUCUGAUCAUUGAGGAUAUAGCAGAUGAUGGCAAUAUGGCUCUUGGACCGGAUGAAAAGUACACAAAUUGCUUUGCAGAGUUCAUUCAAAACGUGUCACUCAGCCAAAAUGUCGCAUCAAAAGCUGGACUAGCGAGAUUGAAAGCAUUCUAUAAGGCAAAAGCAAAAGAUGAAUACGACAGCGGCGAUGAGAACGAAAACAGCCAAGAAGAGCAAAGCAGUGAUGAGAGUGCAAAAAAAGAUGACGGUCCAAUCUCGACACCGAUUACAUCUUUGCGUUUCGAGAAUUGGCGUGGAGGUUUACGUAAGUCUCAUGGCCCAGUGUUGGCUGAUAUCGUACAAGGCGUCGAAGCGGUAACAUUUUCGAGCACGAAAAUUUCCGGUGACUUGAAUGAAAACAUGCUACAAUUUUUGCCGAACAUGAAACGUUUGACGCUGUGGAAAACAUUGAAUGAGCCGAGGGAUGAUGAAAGAGUCAAUUGGAUGGAGCAAACAUACCCGAAGUUGGAGCAUUUUGCAUGGCAUUUGUACAGGGAAGUGCCCGUUAAUAAGGUCAAACGAUUCUUGCAAGUCAAUCCGAGCAUUAAAACGUUUUCAUUGUUGUCGAAAUCACCGCGAACAAUCAAUGAACUGGUGAACGAAGGAAUGCGCAUCGAUGAAUUAUUCUUUGACAUACCCAGCGACCUUUGGAAUGCACUUGCCGACUUACGCUUGUUUUGUCAACAACAAGUCGGCAGACAGCUAAAAUUGCAUCUCAAGUUUUCUGACUCGGUUCGGGCAUCGCUUAAUCAAAAUUUGAAUCUGCUGACCGCAAUCGCUCCAUACAUCGAAGGAUUGUACUUUGAAGAGGCUUUCGUCGAUGAAAAACUGGUCAAGGUAAUUGAGAAGUGUGAACAUUUGAAAAUGAUUCAGCUUAAUCUUCAGCCCAAAGGCAAAAUGAUGUGGUUGACCAACAUACCAAAAUUGCAAGAAAUCUUUAUUUAUUGGGCGGUGAAUCUUUCAACAUUUGGAAAAUAUCAUAAAGUGAUGAUGAUGUUAGCCGGUCAGGUGCAACAACUGAAGAAGAUCUACAUACGCAACAACUCCCGAAAAUUCAAUGAAUUCGGCCUUGAUGAACUCAAUAGUGAACGGCGUAAAUUGACUGAUACUAAGCGGUUGAAGAUCUACUUCAAGAGCGAAGAAACUAUAAACACUGGCCGAUUGGACGCAACCGUGUGUGAAUUCGACAAAAUCGAGGCUUUGCGUGUUGAAUCUGAAACAUUUGACAAUCCACUCGUGACAAAAUACCUCACGACAAAAGGUCUACCCCGAUUUUUCUACCGACACUGCCUCCGCAUACUUUAAAUCAUUUAUAUAUUGUUAUUUGUAUAUUGUUUGUUAUUGACGAUUUUAUUAUUAUUUGUCUCAACAUUUUGAGUGAUCAAUGUUUUUCUUAUUGGUGUAAUUUAUCAUUGGAAAUUCAUCAAAAUCAAGCAAAAGAACGUAAUGUGAUGUGAAUAUCCAUAGGAUUUUAUAUAUAUUUGAAUGCUAUAACUUUAUCGAAAUGAAUUCGAUUCGUAAUAAAUAUCGAUGAAGCAUUUCUAAAGAAAAAAUGAAAAAAAAAA